CACUCCUCCUGAUCAAGGCCAUGCUUGAUUACUGCAAUCAUCUCCCUUCCUUGAAUCCCGGGUACAAAAUGCACGGCAAUGACAACGGAGAUGUAGACUUUGUUUUCUGGGGUGCAAGUGAAACACAAUAUUAUGGUGACAGAGGAUGUAGUGACGUAGGGUUUCAAGCACAGUCUGAAGAAGACUUUGUUGAUUACUCACCACCCUUGAGAGAAACUGAUAUGUCAAUAAAAGUUAGAAAUGAAUCCUCCCCUUUAUCCCCCCAUAGCCAUCAUUACAGCAGUAUUUCGCCAAUGUCACGGUUACAAGUGGUGGCAGAAGGCAGGAAGAAGCUCAUGGAGAUGGUUCAUAGCAUGCCAGAGUGUAGUUAUGAACUAUCGUUGAAGGAUAUUGUUGAUGGGCAGCAGAUUUCAGAAGAGGCACAGGAGGAGAUGGCGAUACAAAGAACAAGUUCUGAUUUAAAGAUUGAGGCUCAAGUCAUCACAAAACAAAAGACGAAGAAGACGAAGAGUUUUCGCAAGACAGGUGAUAUUUCAAGAAAUGGAAGUAUGGAAAAGGAAACUUUCUUGAUCAAGCUGUUCAUCCCAACUUCUCUCAGUUUCAAGAUCAGAUCAGACAACACGAGAAAUGACACAGAAGUUCCUCCAAGGUCAUCGAUGGAACUAACUGAUAACCGCGCAGACAAGGAGUGGUGGGUCAAAAGGAUUUUGUUUACAAAAGAGGGUAGGAAAAGUGGGAGCAGCAGCCGGAGCAGCAGCACAAGCAGGUAUGAUGACAACAUGGAUGCCUUGCCAAGCUGCUGGCCUAUCUUCCGCACUAAGAAAAGCGAAAGUACUAAACUCAAAGGACGCGUCUGAAGAUUUUCGCAAUGGUAUCAGUAUGAGCCGUAGAACAAGAAAUGACACAAGCAAGAGAAAUUAUUCUGGGAUGGUGCUUCAGAGAAUAUAUUUAGAACAGAGUCUUGCCUUUUGCAGAUAUCAAUUUAUCUCUUACAACUUACUUUAUAGUCUUGUAGAUAGGAGCCCCUCUUUCAUGUAAAAUCACUCCUAUUAUAGAUUAUACUCAAGAAGGUUGGCCUUCUACCUUCUAGUUCUUUA